CGGAUUCGCCGAUAAGCCGCUUAUCGUCGUUUCGACGCUCGAAAGGUCCACGUCGAUAGUCGCAUUGGUGAGUCGGCCGAGAGCCGACUGGACGUCAAACGGCCUUCGCACGACGAAAACGACGGAAACGUCGUGGCUGGGAGCUUUCUCGCGUGCAAACACACUGUGUUGUCCAGUUCGAUAAAUCACAUCGUUAGGACAACGGCUGUUUCAACCCAUCGAAUUUCUCCUUUUGCUUGCAACGGAAAUAACCUACUAGCAAGCCAAAGGGUCUUAUAGGGAAAGGACAACCGGCAUGGCUGUUUGUACGAUUCUUCAAAAUUAUUUGUGCGAGAUGUUGAACGACUCGAAAGUAAAAGAUAUUUUUCGUUAAAAUCAAGAUGCGUCGAAAGAUACCUCCAGAGCGUUACAACAACAUUAAGAAGAUUUCGUCGAAAUCGAAAAACAACGCGGCAGUAGAUGGAAGUUACGUUUUAUCAAGAAGGGCUCAAGCCGCAUUAUUAGCCGUUGUUGAGGGAAUUCUUGAUGAAUCAUUAGAAGACGCGAAAAACUUGGCUAUUAUGUCUGGUAAGAACUGCGUGACCUACGAGGAAAUGGAAAAGGCCUUGAAGAGGCUUUGCUUACGAUUGAACGAUCAUAUCGUUAUCGCUAAGAACAAAUAUGAUUUUUGUAUAACUGCACAUGAAUCAUCCGAUUAAUUGAUUCUCAACGAUAAACUCUUUUAUCAUUGAUCCAUCAUAUUGAUUCAUUUAUAUUGUAUUUGUUUUUCGAUUGAAAACAAUUAAAAAUGUUAUAUUCUUCUACAAAACACGUCAUUCUUUUCUUCAAAUCAUAUAUAGGAAGAUACAUAUGCAAUAUUUUCGACUUGUUUUGUAUACAUUUUUCAUGUAUAUGUAUGCAUAUAUAUUGAAGGAUUUUACAGCGACGUAUUACAACAAUCAACUAUAAUAGAUUUUCAAGUUAGGAAAGCUUUGGUACGGAGAGUAAACGGAACGUAACGAAUGUUUUUUUUCUCUCUCUCUCUCUCUUUCUCUAUCUAUCUCUUGAAUUUUAGGAUUUAAAGCGGAUUUUCGAUCGCAAUGGAUGACAUUGCUGCGGUCCGACGAUACAAAGCCUUACUGUUACAACUGGCUGUCAUUCUCGUUCUUUUUGAAUUGUUCGUUUUAUACCGAGUGUCUCAUUUUAAAUAAUACGGCCAAAUAUCUCCGAUCUUAUCUAUUUUAUAAACAAAUGUUUCGAAUAAAAGUUGUUAGAUUUUAAAGGUAAAAGGUAAUAUUUAUUGCAGCUAUUUCAUAGAGGUCGCAGUUAUAACAAUUUUUUUUUUAAUGGAAAUCAAUAUUUUAAAUCUAACAAAAGUUGUAGAGAAUAUUAAUAUGAAUCAAACGAGCGCCUGCAGUGUAUCUUUUAGAUAAACGACUAUAUAGAUAGAAAGUUUUCAGACAUAUAUGAAAAAAAAUUACUUUCUCAAAUGCUUUCUUUUCGUCAUCUUAGUUAUUUAUGGAUUAAAUAACAAGUAGGUAGUGUAUAUAAUAAUGUGAAAAAUAUUGGUGAAUAUAAUGAGAAUGUGUAGAUUUUUCUUAAUUGUUUGAUAAUGUAUUGUCCGUGUUUAUAUAUGUGUAUAUGAUCGUAAUUUGCAUUGGAAAAGAUAUUAGAAAUGAAAAGUAUAGUCAGAAAAAUAUUACAAAAAUAUACUUUCCACGAAUGGAAAGUAUUUUACAGCGACGUAUUACAAAAAUCAACUACGAUAGAUUUUUAAGUUAGGAAGGGAUUUGGUAUAAAGAGUAAACUGAACGUAAUGAAUGUUUUUCUCUCUCU